UGUGAUGAUUAUGGGGGUUUUCCUCUUUCCUCCCAGCCAAUAAGAGCACCCAGAGGCACAUCUUCCCCUGCAGGAAGCAGGGCUGUCACUCCUCUUGCAGGCAGGGUCCUCAUCUGAAGUGGUGGAGAUGGCAGUGAACUUCACCCGCAGCUUCACCGCGCUUUGCUGUGUAGCGCUCUGGAGCUUCAGCACAGCUUCAGGAGCUACCUAUGUCCUACCACCUCAUUCAACCACAAAACCUGGUUUCCCUGUCCCCAUGAACACUGACAACCCUGGUGUCCGCAAGGCGGCUCGCUUUGGAGUCUACAGAUACAACAACAGUUCCAAUGACCUCUUUCUGUUUAAGGAAUCACAAAUAAACAAAGCCAUGGUUCAGGUAAGAAGAGCUCAGACUUCUGGUGGUCCUCCAAAUCAUUUACCAAUUGACUCUCCUACAGAGCACCCAAGAUAUAGGAGCCCUGAUCCUCCUCAGGACUGCUAUGGAUGCCUAAAGAUAAACAGCUCGUGUUCCUCUGUCCCCUUCCACUGCUCCACAGAGCUUGGCUACCCCAUCCCUACCCUAGUAACAAAACACAAAACACUUCACUCCACACACAAUUUACAGAGGUACCACUUGAUUCUCAGCCAAAACUUUGGCAUCCCUUUCCCCUGCCCUUACUUUAAAGGAGGAAACUGCUUUCUCUAGAUCGUCAGAGGGCUGAAAUAUAUGCUGUCUGUGGAGAUUAAACGCACCGUGUGUGAGAAGAGGGAGCAUUCCAGCCUGGAUAGCUGUCACUUCCAGAAGGAAAAAAACCUGCAACAGGUACAUGUCUAAUUC